AUGCCGCCAAUGACCACCAGAAUCACCCCCACCACAAUCCCCACAAUCGCUCCAGUUGACAUGCCAGAGGAGGAAGAAGAGGCAGUGCUGUUGGCAGAGGAGGAGCUCUGCACACUGUUGUCGAUGAUGUUGGUGCUGCUGCUGGUGGUACUAGUACCCGGAGAUGUGGGGUUGGCGGUGUUAGAGGUGCCAUUGCCAGGGGGAGGAGUGAAGGGAGGGGAUAGGGAAGGAGGUGCAAUGGAGGGGGGUGUGUACGGAGGCUCAUGA